CGGCUCCACUACGACGUGUGCACAACUUCACACGGUAUUGCUGACACCAGAGUCAGACCUCUCAUUCGUAAAUACGUGCCUGUGCGGGACGAUGUGUCCCCUCCCCUCCUUGAGUGCAUUAAAAUCCUGAAAAUACCGGCUAAAUCCCACGAACCAUUGCCCCCUCAGUAAGUGCCAAAUUCCCCCCUGGUAUCUCCUGGAAAAAUAGCCCGAUAAUCUCCAAAAAGUGAUUAAAAUGUCGUGCAAACUGUGAGUGUCACGAUGACAACCGUUUGUUGAAAGCAAUUGGACUGAAACAAUGGAUCAAUAUCACCACCUCAUACUCAAGCGGCAAACAUAAAGUUAAACGUGGUGUGUCUCUCAAAUUGCAAAAAAAAAUCACUAUAGAGAAUAAAUCAACUAUGGAAAAGGAGAAUAAUCAGGGGAAGCCCCCGAAACGUAAAUCGGCCAAGGCCCCACUAAUCUCCGAAGUCGGUACACAGUGUGUCCAGGUAGUGGUGCGAUGUCGUCCGAUGGAUGAGAAAGAGCAAUCGAAAAACUACUCCAAGGUGGUUGAGGUUUGCCCCUCGCGUGGAGUCGUGGAGAUUCGUAAUCCCCGAGAGGAUCCAAGCCGCGACAAUACCAAGGUUUUCACCUUCGACGCAGUAUACGACCACCACUCGUCUCAGCAGGAGCUCUACGAGGAAACAGUCCGGCCACUUGUCUCAUCAGUACUCGAUGGCUUCAACGGCACAAUUUUCGCUUAUGGCCAGACCGGAACCGGAAAGACGUACACAAUGGAGGGUGGAGGAGGAAUGAUGAAGGAUGACUACUCUGAACGGAGGGGAAUAAUUCCCCGGUCAUUCGAGCACAUCUUCAGUCACAUAGGAAGAUCGGAGAACAUGCAGUACCUAGUAAGAGCGAGCUAUUUGGAGAUAUAUCAGGAGGAGAUCCGAGAUCUUCUGCAGUCGGACCAAUCCCUGCGCUUCGAGCUCAAGGAGAAGCCAGAGUCCGGGAUAUUCGUCAAGGACCUAUCGUCCGUUAUCUGCAAAAGCGCCCAGGAGAUUCAGCAACUCAUGAACAAGGGAAACCUCAACCGAACAAUUGGCGCUACCAAUAUGAAUGAACACAGUUCUAGAUCUCAUGCCAUUUUUCUCAUUACCAUUGAGAUGGGAUCAAUGGGGGUAGAGAGUGUUGGUGUUGGCGGUGUUGGCGGUAAUGGCGGUGGCAAUGGCGGUGGCAAUGGCGGUGGCAUUCGGGUGGGUCGACUAAACCUCGUGGAUUUGGCUGGAAGUGAAAGGCAAAGUAAGACUGGUUCCUGUGGGGAUAGACUCAAGGAAGCUAGUAAAAUAAAUCUCAGCUUAUCGGCACUUGGCAAUGUCAUCUCGGCGCUGGUCGAUGGAAAAACUUCGCAUGUGCCUUAUAGAGAUUCAAAGCUGACGCGAUUACUCCAAGACUCGUUGGGGGGUAAUUCCAAGACAAUUAUGGUAGCCAAUAUUGGCCCGGCAUCGUACAAUUAUGACGAGACAUUGACAACUUUGAGAUACGCUAAUAGAGCUAAGAAUAUAAAAAACAAGCCGAGAAUCAAUGAAGAUCCUAAGGAUGCAUUGCUCCGUCAGUAUCAGGAAGAGAUAUCACGACUCAAGGAGAAGUUACUGCUCAAGGGAACGACUCCGAGCAAAAAGAAGACGAGACGAUCCAAGAAGCCCAAGGUUGAUAAUGAUGAUGAUGAUGAUAAUGAACAAGAGUCCGCCGAGUCGGACUCGGCUAUCGAUGACAGCAGAGAGGACAACAAAGUCUCUGAGGCGGACAAGAAACUCAUAAUGGAGCAGUUGAGAGCUGAGAAGCAAGAGGCUCAAGACUUGGUAUUAAGAAUCAAAGAUCUCGAAAGUAAGAUGCUUUGUGGUGGUAAAAACAUUAUUGAUCAUACCAAUGAACAGCAGAGGGCACUGGAGCAGAGAGCGACGGAGAUCGCUGAGAGGAAGAAGCGAGAGGUCGAGAUGCAGCAAAAGUUGGAGGACGAGGAGUCGACGACUCUUGGAGUCAGAGAGACUUACACCACUCUUCAGCAGGAGGUCGACGUCAAGUCAAAGAAGCUGCGCAAAUGUUUUGCCAAGUUGCAGGCCCUCAAACAAGAGCUUGAAGAUAUCAAUGAUGAGUACAACAGGGAUCGAAGGGAGUUUGAGGAGACACAACACGACUUGAUGAAGGAACUCAAGCUCAAGUUCCUCAUAAUCGAUAACUUCAUUCCUGCCGAGGAGAAGAACAAGAUUCUGAGUCGUGUAAAGUUCGAUGAGGAGGAGGACACCUGGCUAAUCAAGGAGUCAUCUCCAUCGACUGUUGAUCUCAUAAAACGGCCAACAUCUGUCCCAGGGGCAAGGAGACCUGUCUCAGAAUACGCAAAGAUUGCCCUCGCCAUGGGACGGGGGGGAGGCUACAGAUACGCUGGUGAAAACAUUCUCAAUUUGGAGCUGGACAUGCCUGCUAGAACAACUCUCGAUUAUCAAGGACCUGCCAUUGCCCCGACAAUCCAGGCUGUUCUUGAAGAGGCCCUCAGGGACGAGGGGGACAUUGAUGUCGAUGCGGCCAGACUGAGGACCCCAAAACUCAGAAUUCCCAGUGCCAGACAGAGACCCAGGAGUGUUGGAAAGAUUCCCCACAUGCAGAUACCUCCGCCUGUCUAUCCCAAAACAAGGGGAUUAGUGCCCAAAUAGAGUCAGAUGUAAAAAAUAUCUUUUUAGUUUUUUCUUUGUUAUUGCUCUGUAUUUGCACUGUAUUUGUCUAGUCAAAAUUCAAAAUAUUAAAUAUGAAAAACAAUAUAUAUAGGUAUACCAGAAAAAUUAAUGAAAUGCUUGGAAAAUUUAUCAGCUAAUUUUUUUUCGCAAACGCAAUAUUUGUCUGUUUUUUAAUACAAACAAUAGGAAAUAUCUCUAUUAUUAGAUUCGACGAGUUUGUUGUAAAUACUCGCUUCUGUAUUUAAAAUAAUUUAUUAAAAAUAUUCUUUUGCGAUGAUACCCGUUGAUCUGCUGAUGACAUUAGUAGACUGAAAUAAAUGAAUCAACUCCAAUGGCAAUUGUUCCUCUCUAGUCAUUACAAUUGAAAUAAAUCCACUAAAAAUAUAUUUAAAAAACAACCACUGCUGAUUAUUCUUGUUUUCAAUCAUAAAAGAAUGUAAUUGAAUCAUGUAUUUUUUUUCAUUAAAGGUAUAGUACAAGUUUA